UGAACAGGGUCUGUUUCGUGUCCGGUCCAUAACUCUGUCAUUCAUUAAGGGAUUUUAAUAUUACUUGGCAUAAGUAUUCCCCAUGAUGAGACAACGUGUCAUGCACAAAACCCGGACUGCUAGCUCAAAGGUCAAGGGCACAAUUGGAGGUCAAAGGUCAACAAGUUUUCCUCCUGUCCGGCCCAUAACUGUCAUCCAUCAAGAGAUUACAAUAUUACUUGGUAUAAAUGUUCCCCAUGGUAAGGUGACAUGUCAUGUGCAACACCCAGAACCCUAGCUUCGGUUAAGGUCACACUUUGAGAUCAAAGGUCAAUAUGAUUUUUUUCCUGUCCGGUCUAUAACUUUGUCAUGCAAAACAGGAUUUAAAUAUCAGUUAUCACAAAUAUUCCCCUGGUUGAGACAACGUGCCAUGCGCAAAACCUGGGCCCUUAGCUGAAAGGUCAAGGUCACACGUGGAAGUCAAAGGCCAAAGGGAUUUUUUCCUGUCCAGUCUGUAACUCGACAAUCCUUAAAGGGAUUUUAAUAUUACUUGGCAAAAAUGUUCACCACCAUGAGACGGAGUGUCAUGCGCAAGAACCAGGUUCCUAGCUCUAAGGUCAAGGUCACACUUAGAUGCUAAGUGUCAUAUACAAGAAUGACAUUGUCCGGAGCAUUUAUUCUUCAUGCAUAGAGGGAUUUUGAUGUAACUUGGCACAAAUGUUCACCACCAUGAUAAGGAUUGUCAUGCGCACGAACCCGAUCCCUAGGUCUAAGGUCAAGGUCACACUUAGAGGUCAAAGUUCAAAUUCAAGAAUGACUGUCCAGAGCAUUUCUUCUUCAUGCAUGGAAGGAUUUUGAUGUAACUUGGCACAAACGUUCACCACCAUGAGGCACCCUUGUUUCUAGAAUUACUUCCUUUUGUUUUACUAUAAAUAGCUGAUAUUGUAACUUUUUAAUUACUGGCUAUGGAAAAAUCAAGACCACUUUUCAGUGGUACAACAUGCAUGUUACAUCCAAUUUUUAGGUGUAUUUUGACUUAUCUCUAUCUGGUAAAGAGUUUUAUGUGGACUUAUAGAAUUUUUUGUUACUAUAAAUAACUCUAGAGAAAAUUAGGUGCCUUCCUGUAGGGGACUUUGUAUUGCAUGGCAAUACUUCAUUCACUUGUUUUAUCUGGUCCAAAACUCUGCCAUUAAUCAAGGGAUUUGAAAAUAAUUUGACACAAAUGUUAAACAUAUUGAGGCGUGUUGCGCUUAUGACCUGGGUCUCUUAGGUCAAGGUCAAGGUCACAAAACGAUUCAUACCUAAACUAUUCUGGCAUAUUUUGCGCAGACAACUGUAGCAUUCUUGGGCACACUUCGAGGCAUUUGUCACUAAUAGUGACAGCUCUUGUUCAACUUCUGUAACAUUACCAGUUUCUGGGCUUGUUAUAAUGAAAAUUUGAAAGCUUGCAUUAAACAGAUUAUUUCAAUUUUGUCAUAUUUAUCUCUAAUGGGACGAAUACCUGCAGUUUAUUUGAACACAAGCUUCCUAAGGCAAUGAGAAACUAUGUGGAACUAUCUGUACUAAACGCCACUGCUGAUAUGUACCUUUGAUCGUUAUCUUCCAUAAAUUUACGUUUAUGUCCGAAAUUAAGCAGGGCCAUAAACCAUGUUAUCAAUAAAAUCGAAAUCGAUGCCUUGAGCUAUAAUUAAUAGCACAAUGGACAAUCUUGUUUUUACGUGUUGUGAUACCUGGUAACAGCCUUCCGCAUCACCUUGUGUACUAAACUUUCUUAUGAAAGCGUUAACUGCCUUUCAGUUGGGUCACUAAACUGUCUUACGUGACCAUAAGCGGGGACAUUGUAUGUUUAACCCUUAGCCUGCUAAAUUUCUAAAAUGGACUGUUCCAUCAUUCAGUUUGGGCAAUACCAUUUAUUAUUCGAAGGGGUGUUCACUGAAAAUUUACUAACUGAAUAGCGAACAGUGCAGACCAUGAUCAGCCUGCACGGAUGUGCAGGCUGAUCUUGGUCUGCACUGGUCGCAAAGGCAGAAUCACUUGCCGCAAGCAGGCUAAGGGUUAAAUUACAAUGAAAGAUCCAUACACAAAACAAGAACUGCAACUGUAAGCGUCACAUUCACUAAAUGGAGCCCGAUUAAAUGAGAGCAGUAAAGUGUAAACAUGAUUAGUUUGAAUGGUACCAUAUGAAUUAUGAAUGAAAAUAUGAGGAACAAGGAAUAUCUUUAAAUAGGAUAUUCGGCUAUUGAAAAUGUUGGAUUGCAGUAUAGAGCAAAAAGUAUUUUUAGCUCGACUAUUCGAAGAAUAGGGGAGCUAUCCUACUCGCCCCGGCGUCGGCGUGAGCGGUAGCGUGAGCGUCACACGAAUGUUAAAGUUUGCGUACCACCCCAAAUAUGUUCAAAGUCCAUUGAGAUAUUGCUUUCAUAUUUUGCAUACUUGUUUACCAUCAUGACCCCAGUCUGUGAAAAGGAGGAGGCAACUCUAUCAAGCAUUUUGACUGAAUUAUGGCCCCUUUUCGACUUUGAAUAAAUGUUAAAGUUUGCGUACCACACCAAAUAUUUUCAAAGUCCAUUGAGAUAUUGCUUUUGUAUUUUGCAUACUUGUUUACCAUCAUGACCCCAGUCUGUAAAAAGGAGGAGGCAAUUCUAUCGAGCAUUUUGACUGAAUUAUGGCCCCUUUUCGACUUAGAACAAAUGUUAAAGUUUGCGUACCACCCCAAAUAUUUUCAAAGUCCAUUGAGAUAUUGCUUUCAUAUUUUGCAUACUUUUUUACCAUCAUGACCCCAGUCUGUAAAAAGGAGGAGGCAACCUAAUCAAGCAUGUUGACUGAAUUAUGGCCCCUUUUCGACUUAAAAUAUGCUUAUUGUAAUGUUAAAGUUUUACUCAUUGCUUAUAUUAUACUAUCAAGCACUGAGGAUAGUCGAGCGCGCUGUCCACUGACAGCUCUUGUUUUCCUACUGUACGUGCUUUUUCGCAAUACCCUCUUUAACCAUGUGUAGUUUGAAUUAAAUCACUCUACCCGUCAGUUUCCCACGCGUGACAAAAGUAAAGGGUUAAAAUAUUCCUGUGCAGUUAAAAAUUAAUACUGCAUUUCUGACAUUUUUCGGUAGAUAUACCAGCCUGUCUGCCAAGUAUGAGGUUCAUAUUCUGAAGUGUUCUCCGUUUAUUAAUUUCAAACCGUGGGGACGGACAUACGAACGGUCCGAUUAAGAUAUGCCGCCUUUCGUGUGUGUGUGUGUGGGAGGGGGUGGUAAAUACCCCCCCCCCCCCGCCACACACACACCAACAAACUCCGCAAACACGUUCAUUAGUCCAUAUACGAUGUAGAGGUCUGGUCAGAGUUGCUGAGAAAAGCUUGCUCACUUGGUUGCUGCGUGCCUAUUGUUUCUGGUCAAAGUUAAAUGACAAAGUAACAAAUAUGCCAUUAUUUUGUUAACAAUUUUAAGUCCAGGCAUAAAGAGGAAGGCCCCAGGUAACUCAGCCAAGCGCAUUACACAAAUCUAUCUAUAAAGCAUUGCCUUUUGAGUAACGUUAAUUUAAAAGUUUGGACACGGGCUGCUAAUCUUAAAAAUUCGUAUGUUGUAUAAUUGAAAAGCUUUUUUAUGGUUCGUUUAAAGCAAGAUUUAGAUCUGUCAACGUAAAAAAUGUGCGAUUAUUUAUACAUUAAGAUCACUUAAUAUUUUAACUAAGCAAGGCGAGGUUAUGCCCGGAGAAUACACUGUUAAUAUGAGAAAAUAUGAUGCCGACGACUCUUCGUCGUCGUUAAAAUCAGCAUCCCAGUGUCAUUGUUCCGUUGCAGUGGGAUUUUUGUUGAUAUUGGUUGCUAUUCUGGUAGCAGUUGGUGUAGGUCUUAUUGUGCAUUUUGCCGGAAACAACAAAGAUAUCGUCUGCAAUUGUAAUAUUUCCGGAUUGUCGGCGGGGAUUUCCGGAUGUGUUACUUUAGCAAAAGAAAAUGAUCCGGACAUAUGCGGUGCUUGUCCGGCUGGUCAGAUGACAACACUGACACACGGCGGUAACACCACGACUGUACCGGCCACCACCGUGACACCUAUCAAGAAAUAUCCGUUACGUCUCCCCGGGACGGUAACACCAAUGCUGUAUUCAAUAUCCAUCAAACCGGACUUCUAUUCCGGAAAUGAAACCGAGUUUAUGUUUUACGGACAAAUGUCUGUUCUUGUUCAUUGCAAUGAAAAUACAGACGAGAUUUUCAUGCAUGUUACUGAUCUUCAUAUAGCUGAGAAUUCUAUACAUGUCACAGCAGAAGGCGGCUCAGGCAAUCUGUUUCAGUCUCUCGAACUCGUACCGUCCCAACAGAUGAUAAAAAUAUCGUUGUUGUCUCCACUGAUGGCAGGAAACAACUAUACAGUCGAAAUUAAAGACUUCUACGCACCAAUUAGAGACGACCUCACCGGUAUUUACAAAGGAUCUUUCCGCAGGAAUGGCGAAAUCGUGUAUUAUGUAACAUCCCAGUUAGAAGUGGUUGAAGCCAGGAAGGCAUUCCCAUGUUUCGAUGAACCUAAUCUGAAGGCUAGGUUUGAUAUAACGAUUGUUAGAAAGCCGAAUUGGGUAGCGCUCUCCAACAUGCCAAGGUCAAGGACAGACACAGAUUCUGAUGGCUGGGAGCACGAUGUUUUCGAGCGUACACCGAUCAUGCCUACAUAUCUGCUAGCUUUCAUUGUUUCCGAUUUCACGUACCGCGAGAGCAACACAGCGAAUGGAGUACCGUUGCGUAUUUGGGCAAGAAAAGCUGCAGAAAACCAAACCGAGUUUGGCAUGGCCUCAGCUCUGAGCUCUAUGAAUUACCUGGAAAGCUAUCUGGACAUACCAUAUAAUAUGCCAAAACAAGAUAUGAUUGCAAUAAAGGAUUUUGUAUGGCCUGCUAUGGAGAACUGGGGUUUAAUAGUGUUCCGGGAAGACUUGCUCUUGUAUGAGCCAGGUGUUUCCUCACAGGCGAACAAAUAUCCCACAUUUAGAUACAUCGCCCACGAACUGGCACACAACUGGUUUGGUAAUCUAGUUUCUCCUAACUGGUGGAACGAUCUUUGGAUCAAAGAGGGCGUGGCAACAUUCUUUGAGUAUCGUGUCAUGGACGUCCUUAACCCAGAUUGGAGGGUGAGCGAAUCGUUCGCGGAUGACUUGACUGAGGAAGGGUUUGCUUUAGACGGUCUACAGUCUUCUCAUCCACUCUUUCUGAAAGGACUAGAUGACCCACUGGACAUUUUACGGCAUUACGAUUCAGUCUCUUAUAAAAAGGGCGCAGCAGUGACAUUUAUGCUGGAGUUCAUGGUAGGAAGGGACACGUUCCAAAGAGGUUUUACGAGCUAUCUUAAACAGUUUUUGUUUGGCAAUGCUGGACAUACGGACUUCUUCUUGGCCAUGCAAACACAAGCACAGGUUGAGAACAAAACUUUAGCAGACGACAUUGUCGACAUCAUGGGAACAUGGGUAUAUCAGAUGGGUUAUCCUACUGUGCAUGUAGAACACACUGGCCAGGGAAAGAUGAGGUUGACCCAGUCUAGAUAUCUACAAGAUCCUCAGGCUAAAGAAAAGGGCGUAUUUCAGUCCGAAUUCGGGUACACAUGGGAUAUUCCUUUUACAUUUACCUCAAAUACAGAGAAAGAUUUUGCAAAGAUUGACGAUGACAUCGUACUGUUGCGCAGGGAUGAAGGAUCAGUGUCCAUACUUAGUGAUGUUAUUCCUGGACCAGUUGGUGAUAACUGGGUUAUUGGUAACACGGAGUUUCACGGAUACUACCGAGUGAAUUACGACGAAAGAAACUGGAGAUCACUUAUAAACCAGUUAAUAAAUGACCAUACGCUGAUUGACCCAUUGAACAGAAUCCAGAUUAUAAGUGAUGCUUUCAGUUUUGUAAGAUCAGGAGAAAUAGAUUUGAACAUAGCAUUGAAGAUCCUAGAAUACUUGAGGAAAGAGAGAAGUUAUGCUCCACUGAAUAAACUAAUGAGAGAAGUUCAGUUCAUGGACAAGAUGCUGAAAAAUCAGCCAGUCUAUGGGAAAUUCCGGAAAUUUAUGCGGGACUCACUGAAACAGCUGGUGACGGAGUAUGGUUUUAUUGACGACGGAUCGAAUUAUAUAGCCUCACAUAUGCGAGGCAUUGCGCUGAAGUGGGCAUGCUAUUAUGGGGUAGAAGAGUGUACUGAACAAGCACAGCAGCUGAUGUCACAGUGGAUGGCAAACCAGUCCGUGAAACCACCAGGAAUCAACCCGGAAGUUUCAGAGACUGUUUAUUGUACGGCUGUGAAAUAUGGGGAUGAGACAGUGUGGGACUUUGUCAUGCAGAGAUUAAAAGUUGAAAAUGUCGAAACAGAAUCCCACAAAUUUUUGAAAGCUCUCACUUGCACAUCCCACAAGUGGUUAAGGAUAAAGAUGAUACGUUCCAUUCUGAUUACUGACAUUAUCCCGAAUCCGCUAGUGUACAGGGCAACAAUGAACGCAGGUCAUGCUUUCCCGGAACUAACAUGGGAUUUCUUCAGAAACAACUAUGACGAGCUUUUGGAAAGACUUGGAACUACAUGGUUUGGGAGACUGCUUAUGCAAGUUGUUGAUGAGUUUAAUACAGAACUAAGACUUGAAGAGCUCGUGCGUCUAGGAGAAAGUAAAGCAGACGAGAAGAACGCUGAACAUGACAUUGCUGUUGAACACGUGAAAAACAACAUAAAAUGGAUGCAUAAUGUUGACAAAAUAGAACAAUGGUUAAAUGGACUUGGUUACUAACAGUAGCUAAUUGAUACAUGUAUAAUUAUAGCGGAGAAAUUUUCAAACUACAUGUAAAUGUAUAAGUUAAUUAUGAUAUCUUAGAAACAGUUGAAUAUGUGUAGCCUGCUUUUUGAUAUGGCAGAAACUGUUACCGUAAACUACCUCUGUACAUGUUCCAAGUACGUAGUCUAACAUAAAGUUAAAUGAAUUGACGCCAGUUUAAAUUUAUGCGAGACGCAGUCAUUUAGACGACACUUUUUGUGUGUUUUUAGGUUUUGUAAUUAGUCGUUAAAGUAGUUUUGCUAGUUUUAUUUACUAUCGAAAUAAUGCAUACGAUUCAUUUUAAACAUACACAUCUGCUUUAUCACACAUGAUUUAUGUUUAAAACGAAUUUCAUGGCUAUAUUAUUGUAUUUAUGUUAAACAGAUAAAAUUAUUUUAUACGUAACAUAUCUUCUAACACGGCACUUUCUUAUUUUUUAAUAAGACGUUGAUUUAUAAGUUUUCUUACGAAAUCUCAUCCUUAUAUGUAUAUCCUUAUUUUACAUGCUAUUCGAGCAUAAAAGUCAAUUAUAGCUCGCCAUGUUUUGCAAUACCAUAUACAUGUUUGAAAAACGUGUAUUGUGCACGUGUAAAUCGUGCGUGUUUCAGGUCUGCAAUUUUAAGCCGGUAAGAGUUUACAUGGACAGACUUUCUGUUAAAUAUUGGGCGCAAGUCAUUGAUGGCGCAUCAAGUCGUUUUGGUUGGUACGUUCUGAAUUUUAUUUAUCAGUCAUGGAAGGAUAUUUAGCUAUUACCAAUUGAUUUUAGACGGGCCCUUCCACUCACCGGAUCUCAAUCCGAUAAAACAAUUGUAGAGUCAUACCGAAGAAUAUUCCUCCGGCCAAUAAUCGAUAGCGGACAGAUUUUCUAUAUAGACAUGUACACAUUUUACUUAAUAACAACAUUACUAAAAAUAAGAAACUUCAGGGGCAAAAAUAUUAUCAAAGUUCAACAUUUGAUUCAACACACGGUAUUUUUAAAUUGAAUUUUAUUUUUAUUUUUGAUUCGUUCCUAACAUGAUGUUUAAUGCCAUCAUCUCGUCAUCUUUUCCUUUCUAUUUUUCAUGAAAAAAUUGUAAAAAUCGCAUACAUGCGUUUCUUAAAAGUAUUUUUUUUGAUAAAACCAUUAAUAUGAAAGCUUAGGUGCAAAUGGUUUCCUACCCUAAAUAAAUUUAUCUUUUGAAUGAUAUUUAUUUCAUUUUUGUAAAAUAAAAAUUUGAUUCCUUCUUAGACGGUUAAUUUCCACUGAUUUUAAAGAAUAAUGAACUUUGCGAAGUGUUGUUGUAGCGUCAUGUGCAGACGACAUGUCACGUGAACAUGCGGUAUCGUGAUCAAAAGGUUACAGUAUAUGAUUUAAUCAGUUUAGUUAAUUUGUGAUUGAAUGUUUUAUUCGACACAAUGAGUGUAAGUUUUAAAUCAGUUUUACUUCGCGAAUAAGUCUUUUUUUGUGUUAAUAUAACACAUUUUACAACUUGAGAAAUUCAAGAAAGAGAUGCCCAUUUCUUCUUAUGUUGUAAUUCUUACCUUUUUUAAUUUUCAUUUAAAUAUCAGUGUCAGUUACGCCAAAUAAAAACGAAUAAAAAAAAGAUAAUAGAUUCAAAGUCCGCCUAGGUCAAAUUAGAGGCGGAAAGUGAGUGCUGUUGGACCAAGAAACCGCAUGCAGCAUUUCCGUAUGGAUCAACAUGGGUCAACAUGUCCCAGUCAGUCUAUGCCAUUCAUUACCAAACUUUUUUUUUCUCGCGGCUGUAGAUCAGAUAAAAACACCUAUGAUUUCGAGUUUUGAGUUCUAAACCUUUUUGACCUAUCAAUAACAACAUAAUUUUCUUAAUGUAUGCCAAAUUUCAAAAUUACAUUGUAACAUAUUGUAAAGGUAUUGCAAUUUAUCACGUGUUGUGUUCGAAAGGUGUUAAGUAUGUAUUUAUUUAUCAAAAUAUACAAUACUAUUUUAAUCAGAGAAUAAUGUAAGAUCAGCGGACAUAUGAAUAUAGUAGUGAAAUAUUGCCAGAUAACAUAUUUUAAAAAAAAAAAAUGUUUUGUUAGGUAAAGCCCGUCAUUUCAUUAACUAGCGCUAAAGAAAUAAUAUUCGACCCUUUCUUUAAUGCACCAUGGAGAAAUAAUGCUUAAACAAUGGAAUCAAAAACGGGUAAAUGUGACAACCUUAGUGGGAAAUAUCUUUGGAAAGGUUAAUUUCAUUUUCCAGGAAGUUAGUAAUUUAGGUAAACUUGAUACUAGAUAUUGACAAAAAAAAGCAAACUCGCAGGCUUUUUAUCCCCAUAAAUGGAGACAUUUCCCCCAAACCCAACAUUAAAAUUCUCAAACGAUCGCAAAGUUUUGUUUUGUUUUGCGUAUAUGCAGCGGUUUUGUUCUUUUUUCAACUUUUGUAUGUCUUUUUGGAUAAUAAAUUCAGCGAAGCAACUUUUA